AAAUGCAUCAUCCAAGUGAAAGACAGAAUCACAGAGAAUUUUAAUGUACAAUGAUGAAGUUAAAUGGAUCUUCAGUUUUUCUUCUUGUACAGUUCAUCAUAUAGGAAAUUCAUUGAAUGCAACACAUCCUUGGUGGUAUAGAAGUUUUGCAUGUAGUCACACAGAUUUUGAGUUCCUAAUCUACAACAGUUGUAUUUCAAAUCACAAUAAUCUAUAAAUACAAGUUCACUUAGAGAGCCAAAAGCAAAAGAAAACAAUCCUUCUCCCAAGUCUCCUCCUCUUCAUCAACUAGCACACCCUGUAUAUCUGUAUAUCACACAAAAGAUGACAAUUUUCUUGUGUAUAAACGGAUCGUCUACAAGGCAACAUAGAAGAGAAAUCCUUGUUUCAUUUUACAAUCUGAUUUUAGUUGUGAAAAAAUGAAAUUUAUAUUAGUUCUUGGUCACUACUAUAUAUAUCACCCCCAAGAGUUGAAACUUCUGACAUUAUAUUUGCAACUUUUAAUUGUCAACAUUACCUCAAAGACAGAAGAAGUCUUCUGGUCCAUUGUGGAUGACAAAUAGCCUUGGUUCCUGAAGCGACCAUCCUUUAUCAUAUCCAGAAGAAAAUGAAAGUUCAACAGAUAGAUGCUGAAAAAUUUAUUAUUCUUUCAAGUUUCGAUUUAAAUCAUUUAAUAAAUAAGAAGUUUUGUACUAAAAGAGGCAAAAUUCCUCUCUAAUAUUGUUUAUUCUUAUUUAGUCGAUCAAAUCUAAAUCAUAUUCACAUGAUUAUGUAAACCCUUUGACUUGGUAGAGUACGCGCAUUAGUUCAGUCUGACUUUGUCCACAUAAAAACCAGAAAUACUAAUCAAAAUCGUUAUUGAAUUGUAUUGUACUAGUAAUCAACUAAUCUUAUACAGACAGUUGCUUCUAUUUUCAUACCAUUGGAGAUUUUAAGACAAAAUGGGCUACCCUCUUUUGCUAGCUUUCUGUUACAUUUUGCUAUCUUCAAAGUCACUAAUUUCAAUUGCAGAAGAUACUUUGAGGCCAAAUCAGAUUUUUACAAAUGGCCGGACUUUGGUGUCUUCAAGCCAAAGCUUUGAGCUUGGGUUCUUCACCCCCGGAAGCUCAAAAAACAGUUUCUUGGGUAUUUGGUACAAGAAUAUUCUCCCUCAAACUGUGGUUUGGGUGGCCAACAGAAACAACCCUAUUAUUCCUGGUUCUUCUUCAGCAAGUUUAUCUCUAGGCUCUUCGGGGUUUUCGAUUUCCACUAAUGAGUCUCUGAUUGUGUGGUCUGUGAAUGUCUCUGUGGUCUUAAAUAGUCCCAUAUUGCAACUCUUGGACAAUGGCAAUCUGAUCUUGAGAGAUGAAAGUGGUGCAGAUGCAGAGGGGUAUGUGAUUUGGCAGAGUUUUGAUGACAUAACAGACACUUUGUUGCCUGAAAUGAAGCUUGGCUGGAAUUUGGUCACAGGUUUAAACCGGAAUAUGACGUCAUGGUUGUCCUCCAGUGACCCCUCUGCCGGAGAAUUUACUUUCAGUGUGGACAGGCCUGCUCAAGCACCUCAGUUGGUGGUUAGGAAAAGGUCUGCGAUGCUAUAUAGAUGGGGGCCUUGGGAUGGAGUCAGAUUCAGUGGUAGCAAUGAGCUCAAGUCCAAUCCGGUUUUCACUCCAAUUUUCAAUAUAAGCAGUGAAGAGGUCUAUUACACAUUUGAACUUAUAGACAAAUCUACUUUAUCAAGGUUUGUGAUGAAUCAAGAUGGCUCGGUUGUAUAUUUUACUUGGAGAGCAAGCGACAAUCAAUGGGGUGGUGUGGUGACACUUCAACAAAACACUUGUGAUGGGUAUGGAAUCUGUGGUCCUUAUGGUAGUUGUGACUCCAAGGGUCCUAGUUGCAUGUGUUUGAAAGGAUUUGCUCCCAAAUCACCACAGGAAUGGCAGCGGCUCACUUGGACCGGAGGCUGUGUGCGAAAUUGGGACUUGGAUUGUAAGAAUGGAGAUGGCUUUGUUAGGUACGAGGGAUUGAAGUUGCCAGAUAAUUCGUUCCUGUUUGCAAACAGGAGUUUGAGCCUCAAGGAAUGUGAGGCAGAGUGUUUGAAGAACUGUUCUUGUAUGGCUUAUACUAGGAUUGAUAUUCAUGCAAGAGGGGGAGACUGUGUUAUGUGGUUUGAUGAAUUGGUUGAUAUGAGAAACUAUCCUGAUGGCGGAGAAGAGAUUUAUAUUCGAAUGGCAAGAAAAGAACUAGAGUCUAUUGCUGAUGCUAAGAAGAAAAAGCGAGUGAAAGUGGCUGUCACCAUUGUCCUUUCAUCACUUAGUGGGAUGCUUAUUUUUGGUGUUGUUGUCUGCAUCAUUAAUCGGAUUAGGAAGACGAAGAGGAGAGCUGAAAGGAGAGAAGUUCCGUAUCAAGUACACAGAGAAGAAAUGCAGGAAGAGGACCUCGAGUUACCUAUUUUGGAUUUUGAUUCUAUUUCAGCUGCUACUGACAAAUUCUCCAUAGCAAAUAAAAUUGGAGAGGGUGGCUUUGGUACUGUAUAUAAGGGUGUAUUACCUUCUGGGCAAGAAAUUGCAGUGAAGAGACUGUCGGUGCAUUCUGGACAGGGCCUCCGAGAAUUCAAGAAUGAGGUUGUCUUGAUUGCAAAGCUUCAACACCGGAAUCUUGUGAAGCUCCUGGGAUGCUGUAUACAAAGAGAAGAAAAAAUGCUUAUUUACGAGUACCUUCCCAACAAGAGCUUGGACCAAUUUCUAUUUGAUAGAACAAGAAAAGAAGUAUUGACUUGGAGGAAACGUUUUGACAUUGUUAUGGGAAUUGCGAGAGGACUACUUUAUCUUCAUCAAGACUCCAGGCUGAGAAUUAUCCAUAGAGAUCUCAAAGCAAGCAACAUUUUACUAGACAGUGAGAUGAAGUCGAAGAUUUCUGACUUUGGAACAGCAAGAAUUUUUGGGGGAGAACAGACUGAACAAAUGACCAGGAGAGUGAUCGGAACAUAUGGUUAUAUGUCUCCAGAAUAUGCUAUGAGUGGACACUUCUCUGUGAAAUCAGAUGUAUUCAGCUUCGGUGUGCUGGUCUUGGAGAUAAUAAGUGGCAGAAAGAAUUCAGGAUUUCAUCACCCUGAACAUGACCUCAAUCUUUUAGGACAUGCAUGGAAUCUGUGGAAUGAAGGAAAUCCAUUGCAACUGCUGGAUGCCCAGAUAGAGAAAUCUUCUUCUGUCAAUGAAGUGAUAAGAUGUAUUCAAGUAGCACUUUUGUGUGUGCAGCAACGGAUGGAUGAUAGACCAACUAUGUCAACUGUUUUAUUGAUGUUGUCUAAUGAGAAUUAUUUGAUGCCCCAACCGAAAGAACCUGGUUUUAUUACUGAACUUCUUCCCAUGGGGGAUACAUCAUCAAGCGGAAAGAAACUUCAUACCGCUAAUGAUGUAACAGUCACAAUUCUAGCUGGACGGUAAAUGAAUCAUUCAAUUGUAUGACACAAUCAUAGAGGAAUUUAAAUGUACAAAUGCUGAAGAUAAAUAAAUCUUCAGUCUUUCUUUUUGUACAGUUCAUCAUAUAGGAAAUUCAUUGAAUGUAACACAUCCUUGGUGAUACAGAAGUUCUGUAUGUAAUCACACAGAUUUUGAGUUUCUGAUGUACAACUGAUGUAUUUCAAAUCACAAUAAUCUAUGUGUAACAUCCCAACCCGGAUUAAUCGAAACGAAUCCGGAUUGAGGGUGAAUUGGGAUAUUUCCCCUAAAAA